AGGGUUUCUAUUUCCGAAGGUUGGAGCUUUGCCGUUAGCAGACAAUGAUCCACGAGACAAAUACAUCUACGAGGUCAUUGUGUCUACCGGUGACAAGACAUGUGCGGCCACCGAUUCCGUCGUUUCUUUCAUCUUGGCUGGAGAGCAAGGAGAAAGUAAGAUGAGGACAUUCGGGAAACCAAAGCGUCCAAUAUUCCGCAAGGGGGCAGUGGAUGCCUUUGUCAUGACCACUUCCCGAUCUCUGGGUCCUCUGAAUUACAUGCGAAUUUGGCACGACAAUUCUGGAAUUGGAACUCGUCAAUCUUGGUUCCUGAAUUUUGUCAUAGUGAAGGAUAUCCAAACAGGAGAGAAGUACGAGUUUAUUGCCAACAGAUGGUUUGCAGUUGAGGAAGAUGAUGGCCAAGUGGAUCGGCUUUUGCCGGUCGCUGGACUGGAGCAGAAGAAAGACCCAAAUUUCCUGUUCAACACGCAUUCUCAACGGAACCUGUACGACGAGCAUCUGUGGUUCUCAGUUUUCAUGAGGCCUCCACGAAGCCGUUUCACUCGGGUCCAACGUGUUUCCUGCUGCAUGGCUUUCCUCUAUCUGUCUAUGUUAACCAAUGCCAUGUGGUAUGGCACCGUGCCACAGCAUCCAACUAGUAACGCACUUCGCUUUGGACCUUUCAUCUUGUCUACGGCGCAGAUUGGCGUGGGGAUGAUGGCAAAUCUCAUAAUCUUCCCUCCUUCGUUCCUGAUUGUCUUUCUAUUCAGAAAGUCCAGACCAAGGAAACUGAGACCAUCCAGGAUUGAUCGGGCUCUUGACUUAGACGGUCGCCCCCAAUACAUCAGCUCGGGAGGAGUCGAACAAUCUAAGAAGAUGAGGAGGAAGAAGAGGUUCUCUUUGCCGUGGUGGUUUGUAGUUCUGGCCUGGUUACUUGUCAUCGUUUGUAUCGCAGUCAGCGUCUUCUUCGUCUGGGCCUACGGAAUCCAAUUCGGGAAUGAGAAAACGUGCAAAUGGGCCACGUCUCUUGUCACUUCUUUCUUCUCUUCUGUCCUCAUCGUCGAACCCCUCAAGAUUCUCCUGAUGGCCCUCUUGUUCAGUUGCAUCUUCAAAGUGGAACCUAGCGACGAUGAUGCAGAUGAAGACGAAGAAGAUCCUCGUCUUAGAUAUGAUCAGGAGUGGAUCCCUGAGAGACGAAAUGAGGGAGUUGGGUAUCGCCCGAUGAAUCAGACGGCUUUACAGGCAAUCAGGGAGAAAAGACUGCAGGAAGUCCGGAUGUGGGAGAUCAUCAAGGAGAUCGCUCUUUACAUCUUCUACCUUUGGGUCAUUCUCAUCCUCUCAUAUGGUAACAGGAACCCGAAUGCCUUCUACCUCAAGGAUGCCUUCGAUAACGCCUUCCUAAGGAUAGGAAACCCCGACGUGGACUUCACCAAGGUGGUCACGACAAGCGACUACUGGAGCUGGCUAAACGGGGUUGUGAUGGAUCAACUCCGUGCUCAGAAUUGGUACAAUGGAGAUGCGCCCUGGGGCUUCAAAGGUUUCCUGGACGAUCGAGUAAAUCGACUCCUUGGAUAUGGAACACUUCGUCAAGUCCGAGUCCGUCCCCAGACUUGUUUGUAUACGGACGCAUCGGAGAUGGGAACUCUUCCCAUUGUGGGAAAUCUUGACGUCUACAGUGGUGGAGGAUACGUGGUGGAAUUGAAAGGAUUAGAAUCUGAAAUUCGAGAUCGCCUCGUGACUCUGCAAGGUCUCGACUGGAUCGAUCGUUACACCAGGGCCGUCUUCCUGGAAUUCUUCACUUACAACGCUCAAGUGAACUUGUUCGGAGUUUGCCGGGUGAUGGUUGAAAUGAUUCCUGGUGGAGGGAUGGUGCCAAGCUCGCGAUUCGACGGAAUUACCCUGCUCCCCUAUCAAACCACAUUCGGUGUCUUCAUCCUCAUCUGCGAACUGCUUUUCCUCCUCUUCAUCCUUUAUUUCACUUAUCAAUGCUUCAGAGCGUGCUGCAGGGAAAAACGUCAAUACUUCCAUCAAUACUGGAACUACGUCGACAUGACAACUCUGUUGCUGGGAUGGACUGCUGUCGGGCUCUACGCCUAUCGAUAUGUUGUCACUCGGGACAUCUUGGAGAAGAUCUUUGAAUCCUACGGCAACGAAUACGUCAACCUCCAGCAUGUGGCUCUCAUUGACGAGAUUUUCGGAUAUAUGAUUGCCUUCCUCACCUUCAUCGGAAUGGUUUCCUUUAUCAGACUCCUUCGAUUCAAUCGUCGAAUGGGAGUCCUUGCGGCAACUAUGAGACAAUGUUGGAACGACCUUUUGGGCUUUGGCUUCGUAUUCUUCACGUUCUUCAUCGCAUUCUGUCUCAUGUUCAAUCUUUUCUUCUACACGGACCUGGAAGAAUGGCGGAAUUUCGUGACGGCCUUCGAGACCUGCUUUUCCAUGUUGUUGGGGAAAUUCAAGUUCGACAGCAUGAGACAGACCAACAUUGUCGGAGCGGUCUUUUUCUUUUUCUUCGCCCUCUCGAUGAGUCUCGUCAUGAUCAACAUAUUGAUGACCAUCAUCAUUCGAGCGUUUGAAGUUAUCAAGACAGACCUGUUCAAGCAGCCGAACGAAUAUGAAGUAAUGGAGUUCCUCUGGGCCAGGGCAAAAUCCUAUUUCGGCCUGUCUGGACGAAGGGGAAGGGUGGCUCCAACUUCUCAAGAUCCACAAAAUCACGACAAGGGAAACGGAAAGAAUCAAGGCGACGACAAAGCCUGGGAGGUGAACCAAAAAGUUGAUAUGCUCAUUCAUCACAUCAACACCGUUUACUUCCACGGCAACCUGGAUCUCAGCAACAAGGAUUGGAUGAAGGAAAUACCUCAACGGAGAAACAUCACUGGCCGAAAUCGAAAUCAAUUUCAUUGAGAUUCUUCGUGGCGACAAUGAUAACCCUUGGAACUUUUCUCUCAAUUUUCUUAAUUUUGGUUGACUUCCUCAUGAAUCUUGCCGAUUUUGACUAUUGCAGGAUGCACCGUGGAAAAUUUAUACUAAGCCGGAUCUAUUUAAUUUUCAUAGACGAUUUCCUCUUUCAUAGUAUUUACGCCGCUAUUAGUACCUCAACCGAUUCAUCCACUGCGGUAUGAUGGAAUUCUUCCCUUUUCACGCAGUUCCAAACUUUGAACUCAAUCAAUGCAUUUUACUUUUACUUUUCGUAUUUCGAAUUCCUGUGCACUCUAUAUUUUAC